GCGGACAGCCAGCAGCCGGCCCGGCCACUGAGCCUACGGUGCCAUUUAGGAUGACUCACUGCAACCUGCCGCUGAUUCCUCCUUWGCUGACAGUGGACGGACAACAACCCAAAAGCUACACUGGACUAGACCAAGGGGAAGGAGGCAAGACACAUGACAAAAAUCAUAGAGUGAAAUAGCUGGAAGCCCACCCACUGGGAAAGACUGGAUGGCAGAACCACUGUGCAAUGCUGCUGUAAAGAAAUGCAAAGAAACUAUGCCCCAGACGCCAAUAUUUUCCAGCAUGCUUGGUUCCAGUUGUAGUGGGCAAGUGCAGCCAGACAUGGGAGAGAGAUGUGUGGACCCUGUUUAUCAGGAUGGGAACCUUAUUUCUGGAUCACUGGAGGCCUUGAUAGAGCGCCUGGUGCCCACCAUGGACUAUUACCCUGAUAGAACUUACAUCUUCACUUUCCUACUGAGCUCACGAGUCUUCAUUCACCCACACGAGCUCUUGGCUAAAGUGGGGCAGAUCUGCAUUAAGCAGAAGCAGCAGCUGGAAACGGGGACUGAGGCAGAAAAGGCAAAACUAAAAUCCUUCRCUGCCAAAAUCAUUCAGCUCCUGAAGGAAUGGACUGAAACUUUCCCCUAUGAUUUCCAAGAUGAAAAAUCCAUGAAAGAGUUGAAGGAGAUUGCUCACAGGAUCACACAAUGUGAUGAGGAAAAUGGAACAGUGAAAAAGAUCAUUAGCCAGAUGACACAGAAUCUCCUGAUGGCCCUCUCUGCACGGAGCCAAUACCAGGAAAUCAGAGAGAAAUUCCGGCAGCCCGUUACUGACAAGGGCACCAUCCUCAAAACCAAGCCCCAGUCAACUCAAAAGGACAUCCUGAGUGUGUGCUGUGACCCUCUGAUCCUGGCACAGCAGCUGACCUACAUCGAACUGGAAAGGGUGAGCAACAUUUACCCAGAGGAUCUGAUGCAGAUUGUCAGCCACAUGGACUCCCUGGAUAAUCACAAGUGCCGAAGUGACGUGACCAAAACCUAUAAUUUGGAGGCCUAUGACAAUUGGUUCAAYUGUCUCAGCAUGCUGGUGGCCACAGAGAUUUGUCGGGUUGUAAAGAAAAAGCAGCGUACAAGAAUGGUGGAGUUUUUCAUUGAUGUGGCAAGAGAAUGCUUCAACAUUGGAAACUUCAACUCAAUGAUGGCUAUUAUCUCUGGCAUGAACUUGAGUCCUGUGGCACGGUUAAAGAAAACCUGGUCCAAGGUCAAAACGGCCAAAUUUGAUGUUUUAGAGCAUCACAUGGACCCAUCCAGCAACUUCUGCAAUUACCGCACAGCUCUGCAAGGGGCAGCGCAGCGCUCACAGACCGCCAACAGCAACCGCGAGAAAAUCGUCAUCCCUGUCUUCAACCUCUUCAUCAAAGACAUCUACUUCCUGCACAAGAUCCACACCAACCGCCUGCCCAACGGGCAGAUCAACUUCAAGAAGUUCUGGGAAAUUUCAAGACAGAUUCAUGAUUUCCUGACAUGGAAGCAGGUUGAAUGUCCUUUUGAAAAAGACAAGAAAAUCCAGAGCUAUCUACUCACAGCACCUAUUUACAGUGAAGAAGCUCUGUUCAUUGCAUCCUUUGAAAGUGAAGGUCCAGAAAACCACAUGGAAAAAGACAGCUGGAAAACACUCAGGACAACUCUCCUUAACAGAGCCUGAGAUUUUUGGAUCUGAUUUGCAGACUUUGAAGCACAUCUAAUGGACAUGUUUUUACAACCUGAAUGAAAGACWUGGACUGAGCUAAGAAAGGCCUCACUGGAUGAGGUCUGUUUUGUAUAUACAGUAACUUUUAUGAAAUAAAAUGUGGUAAAUAUUUCACAUGUCAACCUUAAGGCACUUACUGAAGGGUUUUGUUUUUUUAUUUUAAAUAUAAGGGCAGGGCCCUGUUCUCAGAGAUGAAAYGUAUCAUGGGAGAUGGUAUCUUAUUCUAUCAGCAUCCAAAUUUUUAUUUUUUAUUACUUCCACCAAAAUAAAUACAAAUUAAAACACACAUCCUAACUGAAGCCAGUGUUCAGGUUAAACACACCAUUGGACCAGUAUCCUACAGAACACUCAGUAUGUCUCCCUAGCUUGGAAAUGAAGGGUCUCCUUCAAAUCAGCAGAAUUGUUCACAGAUGUUCACAAGUGUUUGUUCCUCUCCUCCAUCAGCAAAUAGUGCCUUACAAGGUACUGAGCUUGUGUAGUUGUACCUUCUGACGCUGGGCUGGAAGUAAGGGAAAUAAAAAUAUGGAUGUCUCGAAACCAGCUACAAUGUACUUUUUAAAUAAAGUGGAGAAUUAUGGCACAUGAGGUAGAGUAUGCCUGCCUGUAACACUGAUGGUGCAGCAAACCUAUUUUUGUUACGUGAUUUAAAGAGGUAAGACGGGGUAACUGCUGGGGUCUGUGCGUUUGUGUGUGAGUAUGUGUGUGUGCACAUGUGCUGUUGCACACAUGUCUAAGUUUUAAUACUUCUGGGAACUAUCCUUUAAAUUCUGGCUGUCAGAAUAGUUUGUGUUUUCCUUUUGAAAAAUCAGGGAAUCAUUUUUUUUUUUGUUUUGUUUCAAGAGAAAAAUGUCUAACCUAGAUGAUGAUUAUCUCUGCAAAACAGCCCUUAAAUGCUUUGUUUAAAAGAAUUUUUGGAAAAUAAAAAAUCAUCAUGGACCAGGGAAAGAGAAGUAACUUUAGAUGUCCAAUUUGAAGUUAAGGCUAAAGUUUCCAAAGAAGCUUAAAAAGCAUUCAUCAAUUGGUCAUUUAAUUCCACUGGUUCCUUUGCAAAGUCUAGUCUGCACUUAGAACAAAGACCAACUGAGAAUGUAAGUCUUUUCUAGCCUUUUGCCAGCCAUGAUUAACUGUCUGUGACAGAAGCCACUGAAAUCUAAUGGUAAACACUGUAAGAAACUAGUCCAACCUUUGAACAGGUCAGUACCAAAAUCAGAGGUGAUAUGCAAACCCACUGAUGCCUGCSAUUUCCAAUUUCUCCUUUUAGUAUUGAGUUUACACCUAAUUCGACUAUCUAAGUACCUGAAGAGCUUAACAUUAAAAUUCAAGGUAUUUCCAGGGGGAAAAAAUAUAGCUAGGGUUUUCUCAUCUGAUCUCUGAGUUAAGUAAGAAAAAAAAAUUGGCUCAGAUGAAGAACUGUUUUGUCUAAUGAACAAAUUAUCACCCUGAAACACCUACUUGUCUUUUCCAGUCAUUUUUCUCUGAAGGCUUGAGGGCUGAAUAUAAGAUAAUAAGAUAAUAACUCAAGCCAGAUAAAUAGACUGGGUUUUUAUUAAAAAAAAAUAUAAAAAAAAAAAUAAAAAUGAAAACAGUCCCUCUAGAAUUGACAGUCGUUACAGCCUCCCUAAUAGAGCCUUGCAGAAGGCAAGGACUUCUUUAGAAAUGACCAGCUCUAGGUAGAUGGUGUUUAYCUUACCCUGCCUUCUGUUGAAGGGGCAAGACCUGCUGGACUGAGGGUCUGGUUUAUUCCACUGAGUGCCUGCAGCCAAGAGCAGUGCCCCUGUUCCAUGGUGCAUCUGCAAGCAUUUACCAGAAAUUUGCUGYAUUGGCCCUGGAGUACAGUGCAAAAUUAAAAAGAGCUUUCCCUCUUUCACUUCCCUCUUGACAAAUGCUUAAAAUUACAGGACUGAGCUGAGGUAAGGAAGGGAGACAAAUCAACAUUUCACUAUUCCCAUAGCAUUGGCAUCAAGGAGAAAAA